AAGAAGAAAAAUUGAUAAUCCUGCUCUGGAAGAGCUUUUUGAUAAGCAAGGUAUAAGUUGGAAUCGAAAGGAAUUUGCCAAGAAAUGUCAAGUUCAAAAUAUCCGUCUAGAUGAUGAUGAUAUUAUUAAUGCAACCAA